AUGUACCCUGUUGACGUUCACCACUAUCACGAGGAUGCAGAGGUGAGUUACACAUGAAUUGAUUUCCAGUGAGGAAAACUCGUGUUGCGUCAACCCUUGGUUCGCCACACACAUCGUGUUCCAAGGGUGUGUCGAGAUUACUGGAAAGUGAACGUGGGCACAGGAGUUGGUCUGAAAAGCCGUGGUUCAUGCAUGCCACGCGCUUAUAUAGCCUACGUCUAGGCCUUGCGACGCACCACAGUCGGUCUUGCGUUUCCGACCUCCAGUAGUCGUCUGCAGCCACACCUAUCUCUAUAUUUGGUUGGUGCCUUAGAGGAAUCAAGUUCUUUAAAAGAUUAUUGACAGUUUUUGCAUUUCGCAGACUCCCACACGCUUGAAGUAUACUUUUGCUGCUUCUAUUUGAAUACGUUUACCCUUACCCACUCCUUUACCUACUUUCGUACAUCCUCACAGUUUUGGAUAGGAAGAAGUAUCGACUUGCGUCAGUGAAACCCUAAACGCUGCGCACAAACUCUCGCGCAGGGAUCUCGCGAAGAGACUAAACGCCUGUCCGAAAAACGCCCUCCUUCUUUCCUGGCUCUCAAGUAACAGUAUCUGCACAGGCCAGUCCGUGGAAUUGAAUUGUGCGUGGCCAGCUUGGCAGGAGAUAAGCACUAACUACCUGCGCAUGUAUUCUCUGUCUGACUUCCAGACCGAUGCCCAAUUGGUGGAUUGGGUGAGGAAUAUAUCGGAUCAGGAUUCCGGCGGCAAUUGGUCAUCUGGAGUUCUGCAUUUCGUAAGUCCUUUUCAACUGUUCAUCUACUGAGUUCAGGCUUUUUUUCCUCCGUGCAAAGUCGUUGCGCCUGUGCUGUUAAUAUAACAUUACCUUACCCUAAAGUGUACUUAACUUUUGUUUGCGGUGUCGCUUCGGAAACAAAAUCACGGACAGCACUUGGAGCACAUGUUGAAGUAAACUUUCCAUGUGUACUGUAGGGUGACAAUAUCGUACCUCAUAAUUUAGGGAAUCGCCUUACGCAGUCUUUUACAUGGAACAGAAACUGUCCGGACAUUUUCUAAUAUUAGCAAUGUUUUUAUGGAGAUAUUGCCACUGCGAUUAGAAUCAGUUGCAUACAAGGUGUCCCAACGUCUGGGAGCUAGGAGUGCGCUUGGGCAAUGCUCACAGUCGAGUCCGCGGCAAGACGAGGAAACGCGAUCCUGCUGGGAAAUGGUGAAGCUCAGGCGCGUGCAAUAUAAGAAAUGCGGUAAAAGGGGCUUUACGGUUGGGGCUGCGGGAAAGCAACUAAGAAUAUGGGGAAAAUAAGGAAAAACUCCGUAAAUACGCUUGUUUAUGGUGGACAGUAAAAUCUCAGCGUAAACAGCGCGCAAUGCAAAAAAUAACUGCAGGCAACCACUGGAACUAAUUCUACGUAGGAUAAGGGUAUUUAGACCGCUAAGACAAUCGAAACUGAACCGCCCAAUGGUAUCACCGACAAAGACAAGGGGGAGAUUGGAAUGGCCAUUUCUGGCUUAUUGGCCAUCGCCAACCAGCCAUACCCAACCCCGAAGUGUGAAACACAUGGUGCUCGAUUUCUCGACCUGUUAGUUCCGUAGAAACUGUCGGUGAGUGUCCCCCUACCACUGUAUAUUUCCGAUCACAACUGGCAAGAAAACUAGCCCGUGGCUCAGUAGUUAGAGGCGUUCCACUUGUAACUAAAAGGUCGCCGGAUGGAGCCCCAGGUGUUCCACACUUCGGUGUUUCGUAUGACUGGCUGGCGACGGUCAAUAAGCCAGAAAUGGCCAUUUCAGUCCCCCUUGUUUUUGUUGGUAAUACCAUUCUGCCUAUAUCGUGCUCCGAUGUGCUGCUGCUGCUGGUUGGGAUCGAAAGAGAGCCCGUAAGGUACAACUGGGCGUGUGUGUUACGUAGAAACGAUCGGUGAGCGCUCCCUACUAUUGAACCACCAAAGAAUGUGGCAAAUCAGACGUAAACCGCAGAUUGAAGUUGAAGGAAGUGGAUGCCGAACGACUUCCGAAACCCCAAACCUAUCCCUAACCCCAAAGCCCGAACGUUAUUCCUAUCCGUAAAAACCGAACCCUUGCCCAAUUGUGAAUACUAAUCGCAGCAGUCCGUGAAGCACCUCAAACUGAAAGUAUCAGCAAGUAGUACAACACCUGCUGAGGUCGCCAAUAAUUUGAAAUUGGUAAUUUGUUAACCAAGCGGGACCGCGUUUCCGAGCCCAACCGAGUCCUCCCGUGCUGCGCCAACGGUUGAAUUGCAGAUCUUACACUACGUGUUUUACGAUUGAAUAACAUUCAUUGUCUUUAACCAGCGCAGCGUGACGUUGAUUCCACUGUUUAUUUUUUCUUAACACACACUGACAACGUUUAGACCACCAGCUAGUAAAAAUUUCCCUGCCGCCUCGUCAACUCGGAUUAUUGUGCCGUCACCGGCCCAUACACCAUUUUGGCUUUAUCUAUCGCCUGUAUGCUAUUGUUUGUCGCCGUUUCGUGGUGCGGAGUCAGGUUAAAAGCUGCUGGCCUUAUCGACCCACUUCGAAAUGCUGCGGGCCCCCGACUGACCUGGUUACUGGACGGGCAUUUGCCUUGGCGCCUAAAGCGCAAGCGUGCUCUCGUGAAGACCUGGUUUUUGCACUGCGUCGUGUCCUGGGUCAGAAACUUCCGUGAUGCACGGUAUAUCCGCACGCCUGCUAUUGUCUGACUGGCGUCAGCGGAUGUGUUUCCGGUGGCGUUGAUCAUGAGUCAUACCAUGGCGUGGCCCGUCACUUGGUUGGUUUGUUGCGGGACUGAAUUUGCACUUGCUCAUGCUGAGGCGUGUUACUCUGGUUUGAAGAGCCAAUGGGUGCGUGCCGUUUAAUACUUACUGACCGGAGUGCCCAGUUGCGUUUGUUUGUGCUGGAAACCGCAUGUGCAACGCCCAGAGACCCGUUCAUCAACCCCCGGACGUUACUUCAUGCGGUGAUGAAACAGGAGUUCGGGAAACUAGUAAGUACUUACGUUAGAGGUGUAUUACCCAUUUCGUUGUGCAAUUCUGGCACGCGAAGUAUUCUGGUGGUUCGUUCGUCGUAAUAAAUGGCAGUCAUCCUCGCCAGAUGGUUUUCAUUUCGGGGAAUCGUUAUAAGGGGUUAGCCACCGGGAUUUGCGUGGAGCCAGGCGUGACCCACGAUUAUUGCUCUACCUAUAAUUCAUUUCCAUGUAUACCACCUUGCCGAGUGCAUACCACUUGUACCACUUGCUUUUCUUUAGGAUGCUGAUCGGACUGAAGUCAUUGUCCGUGGCAAAACGGCGUACAUACACAAGAACACUAUUUCACGACGUCUAAAAUUCGACACCGUGCGUGAGGAGCUCUUUGCAUGUGUCCGUGGAUCGCGUUUUCAGCUGUCUUUCCUGGAGGUUUUGAGAUGUGAACAUACCAGCCGAUACGGUAAGCUACCAAUGCAAAUGUGUUCAUAGUAGCCAGUCGUCAUUCUUAAUGACAGUCUCUCGUUCCUAGCGGUGUCUUGCACAGCAGCGCUUGCAGCAUCGAUCUUUCUCACUUUAUGGAAGAGGAUGUUUCGAUAGCCAGACGCGCCACGGGAUACACCACAAGCUGGCAUGCCGGUAUGGAAGGUGAUUACGUCUUUUCUUGGCGGGCAUUCGUGUAUACGACACGCUGUCGUCAUUUUCCUUCUGACAGGGGCGAACUCCAGGAGUGGGUUCGAAGUUAUUGCAACCGUCCAUCAGAGUUCUCCUAUUAGGCCAUCCCUCAUGGGUUUUCUGGUUUUCCAAUGGCUCUUUGCUUAUUCGCGACACAGUAUCUGGCAGAGCGUUAUGUGACAUGCUGAGAUUCGAACCGUGACUUUGGCUACUCAGAAUAUUCGCACUACUAUUUUCACUUUGAUUUGACAUGGUAGGAGCUUUUGAAAGGGGAAUAAAUGACUACUUAAUACCCGUCUGCGUGCCCUCUUGGGAACAUUCUUCUCCUUGUGUUUCCAAGCGUCCGGUUUUUUUCUCUCAUUAGCUCCAGCCAUCAAACUUCUAUUGGCUGCUGCGUGCCCGUGUGGAAUCUUCACGAGUAUCGUUGUUUUGCUGAUCUGUUUUCGCAAACGUGGUCAAACGAAUCGCCAGGUGUUGAAAAAAAUUCGCAGCCGGGCUUCCGGUGGGGCUUCCUCCUUAGGCGACGCCGCCAUCGCGACUUCGGCGGCCAUCAGGAAAGAAGACGGCACCGCCGGCGACCGUACGCGUCUGAAACAGGUCUUUCCAACGGGCCUUCGUCUGCCGUUGCUGCGGCCACUCCACCAGCUGUCAUUGCACGAACGCAUCAACCGGCUCACGGAUCUGGGCUUUUUUCCCGCCAGACGCGUGCAGACCGGAAACCUGCUCUACGGCGGCUGUCACUCUCGCGUCUACAGCGGCUUCGUCUCCACGGUCCGCUUUGUCGAUGACGCUUCUGCCCCCGAUAAUCCGGUGGUUCUGAAAACACUGCCAGGUAAGGCUACUGCAAUAAGUCCUUCGAUUUCAGUUGGAAGACUAUGCGAUCAAGGAGUGUUCCCGAUGAAGGGAAGGGUGACUGAACUCGCUAAUUCUCGUCUUGUUAUCUUUCUUAGUCAACAACGGCUCAGGUCUGGGAACAUCUCCGUCAGCCUUUAGGGGUCCGGAGAAAGCAACCUCUCAGGCCAAGACCUUCUGCUUGUCGCGAUAAUCACAUGGGGGGGGAAUGCACAAUGACCUGAUUAAAUCGUGAGAGUAUACCAGAUCUGCCCUAAUCAGAUAGGAUUUCCAGAAUAGGGCGACCGAAUAAAGAAUGUCAGAUGUAGGCAGAAUAGUAUUACCGACAAAGACAAGGGAGACUUUGUCGGUAAUACUAUUCUGCCUAUAUAUCAUGCGCCGCUGUGCGGCUGCUGGUUGGGCUCGAGAGAGAGUCCAUAAGGCACAACGGAACGAGUGAGUUCCGUAUGAACGAUCGGUGAGCGCCCCCUAACAAUGUCAGAUGUCGACGUACAAAGGCAGCAUGUACUGAGACAGCAGAUGUUGUGUGCUUUUCUCUUUAAUUUGACAUCUGAUGUUGUGUGCCUACUUUUGACGCGGUGUGUUGUUACUGUUUCGUGACGAAGCAGGCUGUUGUUUGCAUUUGGGGUUUGGGCUAGGGUUAGGGUUUUAGGGCUUGUUUUAAGGUUACGAUUACGUUUAAAUAUUCCUUAAAUAUUUACGGGUAGGAGUUUCCCCACUAAAGGCAUGGGUAUGAUUGCCGUUAGGUUUAUAACUAAGUAGGUCUCCCCAAGGGAGCUACAUACCAUCCUCUUGCCUAAUUUUAUGUGUCUUGACUCUGAUCCCUUGUUCAGCAUGUCAGGCUUCAUUUUCUGUUAACUGUAUUGGUUUAUUUCGAUAAGGACUUUGAAUGCUUUGAAUAGGAAACAAGUAACCCACUCCUCGGGAGACCGACGUGAUGCAUGGAGUAAAUGGGUUAAUGGCCCUCCAUAAUGCUCUUCUGCGGGUCUGGCGUGUAGACGUGUCAUGUCUCUCUCCCUCAUCCGGCGUUUCGCCCUUGGCUGGUUUCCCUUACUCCUGUUUAUUGUUGUUUCAGGGCGCACCUGCUCUGCCUACACGCUGGAUCAGUUUGCCAAUGAGGCCGUCCUAUUAAACCGUGUAGGCCGCCAUCCAAAUAUUGUUCGGAUGCUGGGGAUGGUGAAACAGAGCAGUGAGUCAUCGGGCUUUCCGUUCUAUUUUUCGCUCUAAUGUGUGGUAUACUGGUGUCUCCUGGCUUUCUUAUUCCAGUCAUAACGCUUGACGAGUCCUGUAUCGCCCUAAGGGUGCGUUAGACAUGGCGAGGAGUGGUGAUCUGCGCGCGAUUUGGGCUAUUGUGAGAAAGGGUUCGUGCAGUUUAGCCGUUCACCACAUUGCUGAGAGCAUCUCCACGUGCUUGGUAUCCAGGCCAACUCGGGGAGCGAAUAUUUCCUCUCCAAACGGCAGCAUCAACAAUAAGGGCCAAAUCCUCAGGCAGGCAGGCCUCAACACCGAGGCGCCCACACGCGCACAGCAGACAAUAAACUCCCCCAGUCCUGAAACAAUCUGCAGCGGCUAAGCAGUUCCAUUCGAUGCAACUGCAGUGGAACCUAAGCGCGGUGGCGCUCGGACCCUCUCGCCUUGUCAGGUCUUCUUGAGAACAGACCUAGCCGUAAAAUAUUAGGAUAUUCGUCUACUUAGGACCACAUUAGGAAGACGUCAUUAGAACAUUUCUCUCAGCUCCUUCGGUUGGGCAGUCAGACUUCUUUGAAAUUUGACCCCCCCCCCCCUGUAGCAAAGGACAGUAGAAGGGGAUAAGCACUAGUUUAUUGGGAAAUUGUAACCAAUUAUCACGGAAGCACAAAUCUCACCAUGAUCUGCCUCAUACAGUGUGUUUGAUUCCAGGACUCGAAGGGCUGUCUUUGAUUGUCGUGGAAUACGUCGACGGUCCUAACCUGCUGGAUUACCUACGUUCCAAGCUAGCAGAUGCCGGAUCGACUGUGUCAGACAGCACCAUCUCUCUAAUCCACUACGACCUCGUUGGGCGUCUCUACCGGGCGGACCUUUUCUCAAUUGCCGUGGACGUUGCCAACGCUAUGAAUCACCUGACGUCUCUUCGAGUAUGUAGACUGGCCUUACGAUAA